AGUAUAUUAUGUUAGUUAUACAAAAACAAUUGUUAUAAAAAGCUGCCUUUGUAUAAAUUUGUGAUAUUGUGUAAAACAUGUGUCAAAUUACGAUUUUACCGAACUGAGUAGUCUUGUAGACCAUGUGCAAAGUAUAAUAAAAUAAAAUGGGUUCCCCGGACGAAUUACUGAUAGAAAGACUGCGAAAAGAGAACUUAGAUCAAUUCUUUACAUUAGUGCGCAUGCAUCUAUCCUUUGUGGUAGACAUAAAUACAGACGAUGUUGAUUGUUCAACUGAUAAACCAAAGCAAUUUAGAUGGAAUUUUCAUAAGAGAAUAAAGAAUUCGGUGCCUAGUUCUAGUCAACAGAGCAAUGGCAGUGGUGCAAAGAUUGGUGCAGAACCAAGCUCCAUUACUGAGGAUGGUAUCCUGAGGCUCAACGAAUUGAUUGAUUUCUUGUCAUUGCCAGAAAAUGUAACUCAAGAAGGCAUCUUCCGCCGCACCGGCUCCCUCACGAGACAGCAGGAGCUGAAGCAGCUGCUGCUCGAUGGCUCAAGCCUCGGGCUGGAGGAAGGCAGGUUCACGGUGCAUGACUGUGCAUCAGUUCUGAAGGGCUUCCUUGCUGAGCUGCCACAGCCGUUACUGAUGGAUCAGUAUUAUCAGACUUAUUGUACUUUAGCUGCCCAAUAUCCCCCAAACCUGGAAUCAUCAGAGCCCAAGCUGCUCACAGCCCUACAGCUCUUACUUCUCCUCCUGGCCCCGCUGCACCGCAACUUUCUACAACGACUCCUCACCCUGCUCACGCUGGUGGCGGACAACGAGGCUUCAAACAGAAUGUCGCCGGACACACUGGCUACUAUGUUCACACCCCACUUACUGUGCCCAAGAAAGUUAUCGCCGGAAACGUUCCACGCGGACGCGAUAGCGCUGUCCCCCGUGAUCAGCUUCAUGGUGCGGCGCUCGGGGCGGCUGUUCCGCGCGCCGCCGCAGCUCGCCACGGACGCGCGCGCCUACUUCACGGCGCGGGAGGCCCGGCUCGACGAGAGCGUGUCCGAUAAAACGGCAGCAAAUACGGUGUACACAUUUGUGGACCGAGGUCGAACGGCAGCAGAGAACUCGUCCAACCCUACCGACACAGCCUUAGCACAGUUAUACGCGCACAUACAAGCCCUACCCGAGUCUACACACAAGCGACGGCUCAUCAAACACUUCAACCGGCAGAACGGAUAUGGCACACCAAUACAGAUCCAAAGGACGGGCAAAGUCGCGGGCUCUAGGAGUUUCGGCGACUCCAUCAAGAGGCACAUUUUCAACAAGGGGCUCCUAAACAAAACGCCCAAGAAAGGAUCCGGCUCCACUAUCAAUUCCAUUGAAGAGAAAAAGAAACGCCUUGAUGACAAAAACGAAAUGCUACAUAAGAACAUUGUUCUUAAAAACCUGGCCCAUAAAAUUGCAAGUUCCGAAUCGUUGGAUGAUGAUGAAUACGAUUCAGACGCUAGCAACGAAAGUACGUUAUCCGAAGGAGCUAUUAGUAGAAGAAAGAAAACUAGUCCCAAAUUUGUAUCAGAACCGAAUUUAAGCGUGAUGGAUUGUGAAGAAACGCCUAAAAAUGCUAAGAAAGCCUCUAGACUAUUCCGUUCAAAACUACUAUCCGCAUCGCAGAAUAUAAACAAGAAAUACCAGAAGCGGAACACGGUUAUAAAAGGCACACCAACUUCGUGCGUCUCAUGUUUCGAUGAGCAAGAUUCAGAAAAUGACUUGUCUUAUGACAGUCCGAUCAAAGAGACUCCAAAGAAAAGGCCCAACGAAGAAUUCCGGUUGCACUAUUUGACAAGCACACCGGGCAUAGCGGAGGCGCCUAUUAUAGAAGACUGUGCCACGCCUUACACGGUUAACUUUAGACGGGCCUCGAUGUCUCCUAUAACGAAAUCUACGCAGAAACUGUCAAAGGCUAUGCAGGAGUCCAUAAUGACGCCGCGGUCACGUAAACCGCUCAUCAUCACGUGCGAGCAGCGCGACGCGGCGUGUGAGCGGGACCCCGCGUGCGAGCGAGACGCCGCGUGCGAGCGAGACGUCAGCGGGACGGCGACGAGGCCGGAACGGGACGCGGCGAGUGAGAGUGCGCUGGGGUUGGCGCGAGACAAUGACAGUGAUUUUGUGUCUUCGGAUGACGACACGAGGUCUACGUUCUCUUGUGAAAGGUAAGACGUUUCGAAACUACACAACGGGAACGCAUCAAUACCCCGUUCCCGAACGUUCGACGGGCGUUCCCUGUCCGCGGGCGACAUCAGCCCGCUGCGCUCACACGCCACCCGCUUCAUCAUCCACCACCCCCGCCCCACGAUCGACGACCUCAACGCCACGCUAGAACCUCCGAGGAUAACACUCACCCAAGAGCGAUCCCGGUCACUCACGGAGCCUUUCCGUGAGUACCUUCUCGGCAGAUCCGUACUAACCGCUACCCCCGUCGACUUGUCCAUACUCAACACUUCCAAAGAUAAAGAAGAGAUAUCAGAUUCCCUCCUGUACUGCCUCGACGGCAACGUUCCGUCGGAUCUCACCUCCUCGAUCGGGAAUCUGGCCGUGAAUAAUGAAUCGCUUCGAUCUCCGCUGAAAAAUGUGAACGGAGUCACCGAGAGUCCGAAUAGAAAACGGCCCAGUUCGCUAGUAUAUAAAGAUGAAGAGGUCGUAAAGAAAGCGCUGGUUGAAAAAGAGAAUGUUGGCGAAGCGGUUUAUGAAAUCAGAGAGACUGAUCUUUAGAUAAUUUUAAAUGUAUCCGCCUCCUAACGUUGGCAUUGUGAUAAAACAGAGUUGAGGGGCCCACUAAUUAACAGUCCGCCGAACGGUAUCGGCCUGUCAGUUGUUCGGAACUGUCAAAAUAUAGUUCUAACUGACAGGCCGAUACCGUCCGGCGGACUGUUAAUCAGUGCCCCCUUUAGUUAUGUUAACUAAGUUUCGGAAUACCGAAAGUGCCUGCAUUAGAAAAAAGGUCUUGAAUAGAAUAGAAGGGCGAUCUUGACAUGUCCUUUAAAAGAAAAACGCUUUUUAAAAAUCAGUAACUAUCACUUAUGAAAGCAUAAGAAUAUAAUUAUCGUAUUGGAUUCAUAAUUGUUACAUAUUUGCCGUGACUUAUUUUUAGAACGUGUUUUUCAAUUUAAAGACACAUCAAGAUUGUUUACCUUUUUUCUAAUGCUAAAAUAACGAACUGUAGAGGCGCUAGUUUUUCUAAAGUCUCCACGAGGCUGACGGUCGUCAACGUAUAUGUAAAUACGACAAUAUUUUAGCGCUCCUUUUUAAAAUACCUUUAUUUUACUUUUCUCUUCACCUGAUUACUUUAAGAGAUUUUAAGGUAAUUUUGAAAUCCGGUAUAGCAGGAAUCUGAUAAAUCAUACAUCUAGUAGCCAUUUAUACACUGGAAUAUUUUGGAACCGAUCUAUUUUUGGCAUUCCACUGUACAUUUUUGUAUUCACAUUUAGCUAUAUACGAAAAUAACUUUCUUAUAAUAUAACACUACUUUCAUCACAAAAUAAAGUAUCUCUUAGCUAUAUCCUAUUUGUUUAUAAUUUUAUAAAUUUAAAAAAUAUCGUUCUGUUUCUUCUCUAAUUUCGUUAAAUGGAUAUCGGUAUAUUUGUAUGUUCGAAUCGAUAUUGAUAACAAUGCCAAUUGAUUAUUUUAGUGCUAACUACUUUUAUUUUUUUACUACCAACAGUGAGAUAUACAUCAUUGGUCAAAGUUUGAAAACGUCUAAAAUUCAGAAUAAUAAAUGCUUUAAAAAAUUCCUGAUUUACGUAUUACGUCAUGGUCUUAAUAGCACAUUAUCAUAUUAC